AUGAACUUUUUUUCGCGCCUAAUUCUUUUCAAUCUACGCACCAUUUAUGAAACACCGUUCAUUAUUGACUCGUCAAAUUGCCGCCAACCCGGAAACGGCGGAGGAGUGGCUCGUAAAAGCCGACUUGUUGCUAUCCAUGGUUGCGCUACUGAAGAAGAGAGUGAAUCUGUGGCCAGCAGGGUGGGUCACACCCAAAUAGACGUGCAAGCAUUCACGCAUCGAUUGCGCCAUAAGACGUCAUCGACUAACGCUUACGCAGCAGCUGUAGCCUGGGUGGAGUCAUUACGGGUGCCGAGUGGACUUCGGGAUUUGCGGUGGGGCGCGUAUUCUUUUGAGCACGGGCCGGGCAAACGCAACCGGCAUUGUGGUGGGUGGUCUUAUCUAUCUAUCUAUCUAUCUAUCUAUCUAUCUAUCUAUCUAUCUAUCUAUCUAUCUAUCUAUCUAUCUAUGAUCGCCUUCAAAAAACUUUACAUAGCCUUAUCGCAACAAUCUAUCUCAGUCAUUUCAUCAUAUAUUCAUAUCUAUCUAUCUAUCUAUCUAUCUAUCUUAUAG